AAAACAUUUGAUACAAAACAUCUUCCGGCGCACGGAAGAUGUCAUUCUGUAUGUUAGGAUCGUUCACACCAGUAACAGAUGACAAAGAAGACUAUUUAAGAAAGCUGGUAGUAAACAAAACGGAAUUUAGUGCUAAACGUGAUGUAAAACGAUCCGAAAUACUAUGGCAAUCAGCACCACGAUGCUAUUUUUCAUUGUGUAAUCCCGCUGUGGUCAUCCGGCUAGUUUUCAGAACUCAACAUUUAUUAGUCGCGAAAAGUCAGCUAAGUUUCAAACUUCUUUUAUUUCGUGAAGCUUUAUCUUCUAGAUUAGUGUCAUACAUCUUUGUGUUAACUAAUUUUAUCACAGUUUUUAUUUUUUCGUAGCGAAAUAUCUCAUAUACUUAUCCAUAUGUAGCAUAAAAUGACUUAAGUUCGAUCAUAGUUACAGAAAUUAGUUUCUUUCAAACAACUACAUGAUCACUAUCACUUUUAUACUUCGAUAAUCAUGCAGCCACUUCCUUCUGAAGUAUACCAUUGAUAUCACUUUAAGUUGUAUGAUGUAUUUCAUUUAUUUA